AUGGGCACCCUGCUGGAGACGGUGUGGUGGGUCAAAGUGGAGUUUGAAAUGCAGGCUCAACGCCUAAGCCAGAUGGAGGAGACCUUGGAGAGACAGGCUGCCCGCAUCGCCACCCUGGAAGCACGGGAGCCCUUGGCGGCGUCCCCCAAGAAGCCUUCUCCCGUGGCCGUGACGUCCUCAAGCAAGGCAGUCGAUCUCCUCGGCCUCGACCCCUUCGAGCGUGCAAGCGAGCCGCAAGCCACUGCUCGCAAGGACUGGGCCGAUGUCGAGGAUGACGAUGACGACGAGGCUUACAUGCCCGCCGAGAAGGUUGUGGAAGGCCCGCUGGAUGGGUCAAGGCAAGAGGACCCCUGGCUCGAGGCAGCAGCAAUGGCAAAGCGUGGCACGAGCUUUUUGGAUAAGCCCGCAGCUGCGGCGCCUGCAGCACCACGGGUCGUUGCCGCCAAGAAGGCAGCGGCACCCCAACCCCAGCCGUCACAGCCGGCCCCGAGACCCGGCUUGCAGUGUUCAGACUCCUCGGUUGCCUCGGUUGCCCCUGCGCCGGCAUCCAGGCCCAAAGCUCGCUCCAAACCGGAGGUCAGCGAAGAGCUCAUGGCCAAGCUCAUGCAGGCCGUCCACUCGAAAAAAUUGAUGGAGCCUGUCGAAGGUCUGCCCCAGCCUAGCAACGGUGCGACCAACGGAAAUUCUCCACCCGUGACUCCCGUGCCCAAGAAGGCUCCACCUGCGGCCCUCCAGGCUGCAAGCAAGGUCGUGCCGGCAACGAAGUCGCUGCCAGCUGCGAAGCCAAAACCGAAGGGGGCACCCCCCAUUCUGAGAGAGAAGUGGCCGCCGAAACCUCCCAUUGUACGUUUCCGGGCGCAGUGCGAGUUCUCCGCUCAGUUCAAGCCUGCGGAAGUGAAAGAAGAGCGGCGCCGCUCCAUCCAGCAGGCUCAGGAAAGGAAGCAGAUCAAAAUGGAUGCCAAGGAGGUCAUCCAGGACAUGACGCUGACCUGGAUUAACAUGUAUUUCAAGCUUGAUGUCGUGACCCCACGCGACCUUACAGCGGGCUUUUCUAUCAUCAUUCUGACUAUGAUGGAUGUCAUCUAUCCAAAGAAAGUCCGAUGGCAUCAGGUGGACUGGAACGUGGCGUACAUGCGGGCUCUGGCACAUAAUCACAGGGUGCUGGAGAAGCACUGGAACGAGGUCAACAUGGACAAGGUCAAGGAUCUUCGACGAGAUCGCAUUGGCAUGUCCAUCGAGAACACCUUAGACGCCUCUAUAGAGGAUAAGCUGCACUUCCUGAAGCAAGUGAAGCGCUGGUUCGAUUGCCGGGUCCAGCACUCUGCCGCCUACGACCCUAUCAAGCGGCGCACGGAGGUGGAGAAACAGAUCCGACUCACGGGCCGCUUGAUGAAGUUCCCUACAUGGAUGCAGUACGACAAGGAGGAAGUCCAAGCCAGCCGUGCGACCAAGCCUGACAAGAACAAGCGAAGGUCGGAACAGACAGAGCCAACGACUGAGUACGAGAAGAUGCCAGAGUUCAAGCGCCUUCUGUGGUUCUUGGGAUCCGAGCAUCAGACAAUGUGA